AUGUCACAAACAGAGAGAAGAGAAGUAUGUUACUUAAGGUGUAUAAUAAAUUCUGGAAAAUUGGAAUUUACUUGGUCAAUAAUUACACCAUCUAGAUGGGAUUGGAUUGGAUUAUAUGAAGACGAUAGCAAAGCAAAUAGAGAAUGGCUUGAUGGACAUUGGUUUUAUAUAAGUAAUCAUGGAAAUCGUUUGACUCUUCCUGACGGUCGAUAUCAUUAUUCUGGCAGUCAUUGGAUUGGAACUGUUUCUGGAAGAAAUCAGAUCAGGCUAAACACUUAUGAAGAUUACGGAGAGUAUAAAACUUAUUCAUAUGUUAUUGUAUACAAUCCUGUAUUUACAUACUUUGAUAUAAAUCGGGUUAAUUAUACACGUAAAGGAUUGAAACAUAUAUUUGAUAAUCACAAAGAAGAUUGGGGAUUUACCGAAAAUGACCAUUGGAAUAAUCAAAAUGGGGAGAAACUUCAGAGAACCCUUCAAGAGUUUAUUGGCAGAAACGUAAACAAUGUUUACAGUGGAAAAUAUAGGAAUCAAGAUGCUAAUGCUCAAUACAAAUAUGUAACGCAACCACCAUUCAAAUUAAAUGCAGUUGUACUUACAGUAUAUGAGAAUAUCUUCGAUGAAAUUGCCAACUCGGAAGUUGAAAGGGAUGAUUUACUUAAACGAUUUUUAAAAGUUUACAAGAAUGAUGAGAACAUUUAUAGUGAUGAAGUAAAUAACCAAAUUGCGGACUUUUUUGGACUGGCUAAAAGUUACAUUCCGUUGUCAUUCGAAGGGAGAGAUGAAAUAACACCAGAAGACAAUUAUGAACUUGACUAUGAAAAAGUAAGGAAAAAGGCAAAAACUAUUCUGGGGGGGCACUUGAAAAAUCAACAACUUGACAAAGAUAAAUUUUUUACUAAUUGA